AUGCACAGUUCCUCUCCAACUCAUGCAUAUCAGCAACAGCAGCAGAAGGACACCAUUCUGGUUCACCCAUCUUAUGCCCCAUACAUAGUGACUGCCAUAGAUUACAGGCGUGGUACCCUGACGCUUCUCAUGUCAGCAGCCCUACCUCAUAGCACUGUCGACUAUGAGGACCCCUUCCCACUAUUAUGCAAUCUUGGCUAUGCGGUGAUAGUAAGCUGCUUAACAGAGAUCACACCAAGUAAUCGUGCUUCCAAUUAUAUCUUCGGCCCAAUCUCGUGCCUUAGCAACACAUCCUACUUCUCCUAUUUGGUAGAUGGUUCUGCACACCUGUAUGUGCUUCCAUUAGAUUGCAAGGUCGUGCCUGAUAGCUUCUUCCCGAUGCUCAAUUUCUCUGAGGCAACUUUCACGUAUUGUUCUUAUGAUAUUAGUGGAUUUAAGAUUUUUCAUGACUGCACACAGUGUGAAAUUGGUGGGCAAUACUGUGGAUUCAACCCACAGAGGAAUCAAACUUUCUGCAUGAAUCACGGCUCACACCUCAAAGUUCUUGCAGCUACAUCGUCGGUAGACGCACUAGUUGUUCUUUUGUUGAUGGUGGCUACGGCACUCUACUUUUCACUCAACACAAGAUAUAACGAGGAGAUACACUUGAAAGUCGAAAUGUUUCUAAGGACACAUGGCACCUCAAAACCCACAAGGUACACUUUCUCAGAAGUUAAGAAGAUAGCAAGGCGAUUUAAGGAAAAAGUGGGCCAGGGUGGAUUUGGAUCUGUAUACAAAGGCGAGCUACCAAAUGGAGUUCCUGUGGCUAUCAAAAUGUUAGAGAACUCUACAGGAGAGGGAGAAGAAUUCAUCAAUGAAGUUGCAACUAUAGGACUAAUUCAUCAUGCAAAUAUUGCAUUGCACGAGGAAUGGAAUACCUACAUCAAGGAUGCAACAAACGCAUCCUCCACUUUGACAUCAAGUCUCACAAUAUCUUGCUUGACUACAACUUCAAUCCAAAGAUCUGACUUUGGCCUUGCAAAAUUGUGUGCAAGGGAUCAAAGCAUAAUUACCUUGACGGCAGCAAGAGGCACUAUGGGGUAUAUUGCACCCGAGUUCUAUUCUCGCAGUUUUGGGGGCAUAUCCCACAAGUCAGAUGUUUACAGUUUUGGCAUGUUGGUGUUAGAAAUGGUAAGCGGAAGGAGGAACUCGGACCCAAGUGUUGACAGCCAAAAUGAGGUUUACCUCCCAGAGUGGAUAUUUGAGAAAGUAAUCACUGGACAGGACGUGGUACCAAAGGAAAUGACAGGAGAAGAGAGAGAAAAGGUGAGACAGCUGACCAUCGUGGGACUAUGGUGCAUUCAAUGGAACCCAAGAAACCGACCCUCAAUGACAAAGGUGGUAAACAUGUUAACAGGGAGGUUGGAGAAUCUUCAGAUGCCCCCAAAGCCAUUCGGGGAUGCCAUAAAACAUGAAGCUACUAUGCUAUCACCAUUUAAUGAAUAA